AAGAAGAUCCUGGAACUCAUGUCCAACAUCAUCCAGCUGCUGACUGGAGAGACUGUGAAUAUGAAGAUAAGAGAGAUAUUACAGCUGAUCUGGGAGGAAUAUUAUUUUUUAAUAAUGAGCCAAGCAAGAUUGGGGCUGAAGGAGCAGUUUUUUGUGCCAACGGAAGUGCCACAAACCCUGACAUUUCUCCAGUGGAACAGCCCCCACCAGCCAAUGAUAUUAAAGAGGAAGUGGUUGCAUGUGGAGAGGGAAACCAAUCAGAUUGCAGCAUUAAUCCACUUACAGAACAGAUAAAGGGAACAGAUACACUUACUCCUAUCAUGGAGAUGAAUAACUCUUCUGAGUGCCAUAAAGAUUUUACUACUGAAGCCGGUCUUCUCCAGCAUCAGGAAACUCACAACAAAGUAAAACCAUUUGUCUGUUCUGUGUGUGAGAAAUAUUUUGUGUGUCAUUCAGACCUUAUUGUCCAUCAGAGAAGUCACACACAAAAGAAACCAUUUUCCUGCUCUGAAUGUGGCAAAUGUUUCACCCGUCGCACAGGCCUUAAGACACAUCUCCUAAUUCACACAGCAAAGAAACCAUUGACUUCAACUUUAACUCAAUGUCAGAAAGCAGAAAAGCCAAUCACUUGUACUGAAUGUGGAAAAUGUUUUACCCAUAGCCGUGACCUUAUCAAUCAUUCCAGAAUUCACACAGGAGAGAAAUUAUUCACUUGUACUGAAUGUGGGAAAUGUUUCACCCGUAUGUCACAGCUCACCAGACAUCUCAGAAGUCACACAGGAGAGAAACCAUUCACUUGUACUGAAUGUGGGAAAUGUUUCACCUGCAUGUCACAGCUUACCAGCCAUCUCAGAAUUCACACAGGAGAGAAAUUAUUCACUUGUUCUGAAUGUGGCAAAUGUUUCACCUGUAUGUCACAUCUUACUAGACAUCUCAGAAUUCACACAGGAGAGAAACCAUUCACUUGUACUGUAUGUGGGAAAUGUUUCACCCGUAUGACACAGCUUACCAGACAUCUCAGAAGUCACACAGGAGAGAAACCAUUCACUUGUACUGAAUGUGGCAAAUGUUUUACCCAUAGCCACGACCUUUCUGUUCAUUCCAGAAUUCACACAGGAGAGAAAUUAUUCACUUGUACUGAAUGUGGGAGAUGUUUCACCUGUAUAUCACUGCUUACCAGACAUUUCAGAGGUCACACAGGAGAGAAACCAUUCACUUGCACUAUAUGUGGGAAAGGUUUUGCCCAAAGCUACGACCUUACUGUUCAUCUGAGAACUCACACAGGAGAGAAACCAUUCACUUGUACUGAAUGUGGCAAAUGUUUUAUGUAUCGUUACCAGUUUACUGCUCAUUCCCAGUUACACACAGGAGAGAAACCAGUAACUGUACCUAUACAAUGAUGAGUGAAUAACAUACAGUUGAUGAUGCUACAAAUUAUAAUUUCUUUUGGAUAAUAGAUGAUUCCCUUUAAUAAAAUUGUACUACUUUGCCUGCA